UUACAUGGCGCAAAUUUUUCAAAAUUCAAAUGGUGCUGUUGAGCCUGCUUCUUCGGCCAAAGCCAUUGAUGGUAUCACCUUUGAAAGUGUUAGACGUUGGGGCAUUGAACAAGGUAAAAUACUAAAAGAUUAUUUAUAUCUAUGUCUUAUAUUAGAAAAUGAUAUUAAUGGGGAUGUACUCUUAGAAUUAGAUCAUGAAGUUCUUAGAGAGCUAAAAAUUAGAUCAAUCGGCGAUCGUAUUAGGCUCAUAGCAGCAGUAAGAAAUUUGUUAAAAAUUUGUGCCGGAAACAAUUGUUCUACGAUUAAAUAUCCUAAGGAUACAAAUUCACCCGAAAACGAAAAGAUCAAAAGUACACUUUCAAGAUCCAAUUCGAAUUCACGUGUACUUGCAAGAUCCAAUUCAAAUUCACGAAUGGUCAUGAGAUCGAAUUCUACGAACCGUGGAAAUAAGGAUUAUAAACCACCCGCACAUAUUAAAGUAGAGUUUCCUAUGUCUCUUGAGAGUGUUAUGCAGCGAUGUAUUAAAGUUUAUGGUGAAGAAGGUCAAACACGGACUAUCCCUAUAAACAACAUCACAGACGCUAAAUCUAUUUUGGCACGUAUUUUACAAAAGUUUAAUAUUAAUGAGGAUGCUGAAAAAUAUUCAUUAUUUGCUACGUUAAGCGAUGGUGCACCACGAAGUUUGUCUGAUGAGGAGAUAGUCGAUAUUUGUACAAGCGUCAAUAGACCAGAGCGUGAAAGACUUACCCUACGAAAGAAACAUCUACCAAUGAGCCACGAGCAAAAAAAGGAACAAAUGAGAAGUAAAAAAUUAGAAAAUUUCUUUGGUGAACAACCACCACGCGCACAGCCAACCGGAAUAGCUGGAAUAUCACAUAGGAAAUUAAGAAAUUUCUUUGGCGUACGUCCACCAUCUGAAUUAAUUUCAUCAAAUUUGACAGACUAUUUCCCUGGUCAUACCACUGAAGAUCUUGAACGUAGUGCCAGGAAAUCUAUGAUAAGGACUUCAAGAAGAAUGUCUUCUGCUUCUAGGACUUCAAGAACAAGAUCUAGACGUAUAUCUAGAGCAUUCGAAGAUGUCAAUAGAAUGAGUACAAUAUUGAGCUCUCCAAUGAGUUUAGAACAUUUUGAAAUAACUAUUCCAGAAGAGGAGCCAGAGAAAGAUGAUUCUUUUGGGCAUGAUAAAAAUUCAAAUAUUAGGUGGAUGAAAGGCGAUUUGAUAGGUAAGGGCUCCUUUGGUAGCGUAUAUCUUGGACUUAAUGCAGCUACUGGAGAAUUGAUGGCAGUUAAGCAAGUGGAGUUGCCUACUGGAAAUUCUGCAAAUGAAGAGCGAUCUCAAGACGAUGAUGAAACAUUAAAUAUUUUUUUGGAAUAUGUACCUGGGGGAUCCGUUACAACAAUGCUUAAUAACUAUGGCGCAUUGGAAGAACCUUUAGUUAGGUCAUUUGUCCGACAAAUUUUAGAAGGGUUAAAAUAUUUGCAUGGAAAGGACAUCAUACAUCGUGAUAUUAAAGGGGCUAAUAUUUUAGUGGAUAACAAAGGAAGAAUAAAAAUAUCAGAUUUUGGAAUAUCCAAAAAAGUAGAAGACCAGAUCAGGGCAUCAAUAUCAGUGCAUCGACCAUCGUUACAAGGAUCUAUUUUUUGGAUGGCACCAGAAGUUAUAAAACAGACAGCUUAUACAAGUAAAGCUGAUAUAUGGAGUUUAGGGUGUCUAAUUGUUGAAAUGUUUACAAGAAAUCAUCCCUUCCCAGAGUUUAAUCAAAUGCAGGCAAUGUUUAAGAUUGGUACGCAAUCAUGUGCACCAGAAAUUCCGGAAAAUAUAUCUGAUGAAGCAAAAGAUUUCUUGAAAAAGACAUUUGAACC